AUGGAUGAUGUCAAUCCAGUUGGCACCCCGAUGGAAUAUGGCAGCAAGGUGAGUAAGCAUGAAAAUGGAGAGAUUGUGGAUCCAACUCUUUACAAAAGUUUGAUUAGAAGUCUACGUUACUUGACAAGUACAAGGUCAGAUAUUCUCUAUGUUGUAGGAAUCAUAAGUCGCUACAUGGAUGCUCCAACAACAACUCACUUCAAGGAGGAAAAGAGAAUCCUUCGAUACAUCAAAGAUACAACAAACUUUGGUUUGCAUUAUUACUCUUCUAACAAUUAUGAUAUUUUUGGCUAUAGUGAUAGCAAUUGGAGUGGAGAUUUAGAUGAUAGAAAGAGCACUACUUAUUUUAUGUUCUUUAUGGGAGAUGUUGCUUUCACUUGGAUUUUAAAGAAGCAAUCUAUUAUCAUACUGUCAACUUGUGAAGUCGAAAAUGCAAUGGUUGAUGCAUAUUCUAUUCUAAAAAUCGGUUAUUAUGAAAUUUACGUCCCGCAUGAUGCGCGGGAUUGA